UUUAUGUUGAGUAAAUUCUCGUUUAUCAGUAGUUUUUCUGUUUAAAUUUUAGUUCAUGCUAUGGAUACCACACCAAUCGUUAAAACCAUUCAGUCAAAUGUGACAACACCCCUCUUUGGCAACAGUCGCAGUUACGUAGACCCACAUACGUACGAAGAUCCUAAUCAAGCUAUUCGUGAAUUUGCUCGAGAAAUUGACGCGAAUUAUAUAACAAUUGAAGCUAUAAUUGGUGGAGGCGAGUUCGGAGACGUAUGUCGUGGUCGUUUAAAAAUACCUCCUAACUUCGUUCAAGACAUAGAUGUUGCCAUAAAAACGCUUAAACCAGGGUCGUCUGAAAAGGCUCGAUGUGACUUUUUGACAGAAGCAUCAAUUAUGGGGCAAUUUGACCACCCAAACGUUAUAUACCUUCAGGGAGUUGUGACGCGCUCCAAUCCUGUAAUGAUUAUUACUGAAUACAUGGAAAAUGGGAGCCUGGAUACGUUUUUGCGAGUCAAUGAUGGCAAAUUUCAGACGUUGCAGCUUAUCGUAAUGCUACGUGGCAUUGCUAGCGGUAUGUCUUACCUUAGUGACAUGAAUUACGUCCAUCGCGAUUUGGCAGCUCGAAAUGUACUUGUUAAUGCUCAACUUAUAUGUAAAAUAGCAGAUUUUGGACUAUCACGUGAAAUAGAGAAUGCCAGUGACGCAUACACAACGCGGGGUGGGAAGAUACCAGUUCGUUGGACAGCGCCUGAAGCUAUUGCUUUUCGUAAAUUUACAUCAGCGUCAGAUGUAUGGUCAUAUGGUGUUGUUUUGUGGGAAGUUAUGUCGUACGGUGAGCGACCGUACUGGAACUGGUCAAAUCAGGAUGUUAUAAAAAGUAUAGAGAAGGGCUAUCGACUUCCGGCACCCAUGGAUUGCCCUGAAGCAUUAUACCAGUUAAUGCUUGAUUGUUGGCAAAAACAACGCACCCAUCGACCAACAUUUUCAAGUAUAGUAUCAACAUUAGACAAUUUAGCUCGACAACCUCAAGCGCUGCUGACAACAAGAAAUUCCCCAGAAAAUGAUGGAACACAUAUCUUAGAAAGUCAACGUGGUCACAACAUAUUUAUAAGUACAGACUUGUGGCUGGAGAACAUUAAAAUGUCCCGAUAUUCACAGCAUUUUAAAGAGGCUAAUUUGGUGACUGCCCAACAGAUCUCCCGGUUAACGGCUCAACAACUAUCUGAUAUGGGUAUAACCUUAGUAGGGCAUCAAAAAAAAAUUCUACAUCAGGCCAGGCAGUUGGAUACUAUAAUUUAAGAUUAUUAAUAUUGUAUUUGUAGACUCGAAUCAGUGUAAAUAUGGCAUUAUUAUGAAAAAUAUCGUUUAAAAUAAUAAGUUCACUUAUUGUAAGUAUUAUAAUGUUAGAAGAAUUCUCGUACUAUGGGUUUUUUCAACCACUUUCUAAGAAACAAAUUAAUUUAUUUCUCGCACAUAGUCCUCAAAAAUCGAUUCACACCGCAAAUAUUGAUUAAAAUUUCUUAUAUAUCUUAAACAAGUUAUUAUUAAAAAUAAACACAUUUGCGAGGAGUCAAAAGACUUGCAACUACCAUUA